CUGAACUGUGUUUAUUCGUGAUCAGGGUUGUAUUCAUUCCACAGAUUCUGUUGAAAAACAUUUCUUAAACAGAAGCAAACUGAACAAAACGGAGAUUAGCAUACCUGAAUUUGUCCAAUAGAAACUCUCAUUUGUAACUGUUAGACUUAUGAUUACACCCAAUAUCAGCUAGAUGUAGGCAAUCGUGUGCAAGGUGGUAUUGAAUUUCACUGUCUGUCCAUGUGUCACUGUCUGUCACAUCAAAUUUGUCUCUCAACCUGUGUGCACCUAUGUUAUAAACUUUCAUUCAUAGGCUAGGUUGUAACAACCUCAUGAUGAGUAUAGGGAAAAUUCUAGUAUCAUGUAGUAGCCUAAACCUAUCAAUGUUACAUUGAACUGGGUGAAUGGAAUAUGAAUGACAGUCAUCCCAUACGCUGUAAUAGAACUAUGGCCAUGCUCAUGAAAAAUUGUCCUCCCUGAAACGGCACUGACCGCCACUGGUGUGUGUGUGUGUGUGCAGGUAGCCUAGCGGUUAGGAGCGUUGUGCUAAAUGACAAAAUCAUGUAAUAAACAUUCUCUCUCCAUCCCUCUCUCUCUCUCAGACCAUCCCAACCUGAUAACAGGUCUAGCCAUGGUAGGAAAGUUUGGUAUCACUGCUUCCUUCGCCGUUAUCUAUGUUUAUACUGCUGAGAUCUUCCCAACUGUACUACGGCAGACAGGAAUAGGUGUGUCCAGUAUGUUUGCCCGUGUAGGAGGUGUGUUAGCCCCCCUUAUCAACAUGCUCCAUACCAGAAGCCCCUCUUUACCCAUGCUCAUCUUUGGCUGCACCCCCCUGCUUGGCGCAGUUCUCGCCCUGGCACUGCCAGAGACUGCCAACAGACCACUACCGGAUACCAUAGAAGACGCAGAGAACUGGGAUACUAGGUUUCCUCCAAAGAAGGGCCAAGGAGAGGACAUUAUCCAAUCAGCAAGCAGCACAGAGGGGCAGGAACUACAGCGCCUAGCAACGGAGUCUUGACCACUCACACACAUCCCAGCAAUCCACACACAAACACACAUACAGUUCAAGUCAGAAGUUUACAUACACCUUAGCCA